AUGUCUGGAACAAAUAGUUCAUUAACUCACAUGGAGAAAGAUUUAGAUCUAAGUAAUGUUGGAAGAGGAGUCUGGUUGGUCAAGGUGCCUAAAUAUAUUGCUAAUAAAUGGGAAAAAGCACCGGGGAAUAUUGAAGUUGGUAAACUAAAAAUAUCCAAAGUGCCUGGAGAAAAAGCUGAAGUAACACUCGGACUAUCAGAAGCUGUCUUAGCCUUGAAGGAUCCUGGUGAAGAAGACAUUCCAAAGCAGCACAAGCUAGAUGUUAGUCAAGUAAAACAUCAGAUGCUUGGGGUUUUCUCUCACAUAUCACCCUGCAAUAAUUCAGAUGCGGUUGUACCUGAGGGAGAUAAAUUGUGUAUGGAGGGUAAAAUUGUACAGAAAUUAGAAUGUCGUCCUUAUGCAGACAACUGUUACAUGAAAUUAAAAUUAUCGAGUAUUAAGAAAGCUGCUGUUCCCGUCAGAGCUAUUCAGCAGUUAUCUAAAGUUGUACAUAAUUUCAAACCAGUAUCUGAUCACAAACACAAUAUUGAAUAUGCAGAAAAGAAAAAGGCUGAAGGUAAAAAGAUGCGUGAUGACAAAGAUGCUGUGCUGGAUAUGUUAUUUGCAGCCUUUGAAAAACAUCAGUAUUAUAAUAUCAAAGAUUUAGUCAAAAUUACUCGUCAACCAGUCGUGUACUUAAAAGAAAUUUUAAGUGAAGUUUGUAGUUACAAUAUUAAAAAUCCACAUCGCAAUAUGUGGGAAUUGAAACCAGAGUAUCGUCAUUACAAAGCCGAAGAGAAACCCGCAGCUGAUGCUGCUGUUAAAGAUGAGUCUGAAGAUUCGAGUUAAAGUUAAAUAAAUAAUUAAAUAAAUAA